UUUUUUUUAUUUUCCUUUCCCUUUUAUUUCUUUUAAUAAAACAAUGACAGAUAAACCUUCGGUCGGAAGAACUCCGUCGACCACCAAAAGAAAGUCCCUCUUAUCUGAGCUGGGUAUUAAGUCAGGCGAUGCGCCCGCCCCUACGCCACGCACAAGAACUACCCCUCCGUUGAAUCGACGACCCAGUACGACAGGUGUUAAACCUGCUUCACCUUCCGUUUCAAAGUCUCGUUCAGUCAACAACAACACGACCACAGCUCCCCGAAAGGCAGCACCAGCACCCGUCAAAGUCGAUCGUUCAGCAAAGAUCUCAUCUGCUCCUUCACCUACCUCGCCUGCUCCCAACCGAAGAUCCAUCGUCCCUUCAAGUCAGCGAUCCGCCACCAUUUCGCCAUUAGCUCGAAGAGCAUCUGUCAACUCGGGAGGAUCGCCCAACGGCUCGACUGUCAUUCAUAAACGACUCUCAUCACCUGCUGGUUUGGACUCCUUGCAGGAAGUGCAAACAAUGAAAGAACAGAUUGUUCAGCAAGAGUUAUUGUUGGUUGAAAAGGAACAGCAAAUUCAAAAAUUGAAACAGAUUGAACGCACUUUAAUGUCAGAGAAUGAAUUAAAGACCAAAGCAUUGGACGAAUUAAAAGGGUCUGAAGCGAUAAAGCAGGAAAUGGAAAAAUCACUCUCGGAAACCGAAUCCAAGCACAAGCAAGAGAUGGAGAAAUCUCUUUCGGAAACGGAAUCGAGAUACAAGCGACAGAUCGAGCAGUCGCUGUCCGACACCGAAUCAAAACACAAGCAAAACUUGGAAGAGUUGGAAGCCAAGCAUAAAGGAGAACUGGAGAAAUUCUCACAAAUGCAGGAUAUUAAACUCCAGUCAUUGUCCACAGAUUAUGAACAACAAAUAAGCAAGCUUAGAUCAACCUAUGAAAAUCAGCACACCACCGAUCUGGAAAAGCUCGAAAAAGAAAAGAAUAAUUAUAUGCAGCAAUUGAUCAGUGAGCAAACCAUGCAUGAAAACUAUAAAAAAGAACAGGAUCUGAUCGUCGCUGACCUCAAGUCGCAACUCGCCAUCAUGGAAGAGUCCGCUUCCUCUAGUCACACACGUAAAAUCCAAAACGAAUUGGCAGCUUCCUCUGCAGCUCUCGAAGAGUUUAAAAGACAGUCGCAGCAAACCACAGAGAAUCUCGAACGAAGAUACCGUGAUGAAAUCAGACAAUUGCAACACGGCAGUGAUGAUACCGCACGGGCUUGGUUGGAAAAAACAAAGUCCGAUCAACAGAAGCUGGAUGAGUUACACAAGGAACUAUUAAGAACAGAGACGGAGCACAAGGCCAUUCUGGAAAAGUUGGUGGACACACACACUGAACAGAUAGACAGACUAACCGAAAGCUGCGAGACCAAGGAGACAGAAAUUGAAGAACAGUCAAGUCAAAUCGAGGACUUGAUGUUCCAAGUUGAGACAUUACAAAACUCAUUAGAAGCAGCUACCGUCCGAUUAGAGCAUACAGCAAAGUCAACACCUACAACCUCUAGUAAUCGUGACGACAUCAACUCUCUGGAUGUGCCUCAUGAGCCCAUAAAGAACAUUCAUCAAGAGUGUUUAAAUCGCGUCGAUCUAAAGCAAAAGGAAUUGCAGGAUUUCAAAGCUAAAAUGAAGGAGUUAAAGGAAGUGCAUGAAGCACAACUCAACCGUUUAGGGCAAGAAAAAGCAACUGCGGUGGGUGAAUUACGCAAAAUCAUCACAGGCCUUGAGCAAAGAUUAGCCGCCACCCCACCUUCCUCACCGACAAAAUCCUCCAUGAAUGAGGAUAGAUUAAUAAGCAUAGCGGAACAGCACCGCAAAGAAAUCACCACCAUGCAUGAACAAUACCAAGCUGUGGUGGAUUGCAAGGACCGUGAAUUAGAGGACUAUGCUUACAGAGUGAAAGCCAUCGUAGCUUCCAAACAGAAAGAAGUGGAGAAGUUACAGGUGGAAACAAUCUCAACCAUUGACAAAUAUGAAAAAGAUAUUGAAGGAUAUGAGCAAAAGAUCAUUGAAUAUGAAAAACAGUCUGUAAAAUUACAAGAUAGGGUCACUCAUUGGGAGACCCUGACGAAUAAUAAUGAGGCACUUAUUCAAGACAUGAAGAAAGGUUGUGCUGCUCAUCGCGAUGAAAAUAAUCAGCUUAUUCGACUCGUAAACCAGCUGCAAUCAGAGUUACACAUUUAAUAAAUUAUCUAUUUCCCCCCGCGCAUGACUUUUAUAUUAUUAUU